AAAAGUCUAGGCAAGCAGAGAGCUGAGAGGCACUUCCCAAGACUUCUGGUCACCAUGAAGACUCUCCUGACUGCAGCUCUGUGUCUAUGCACGCUGGCUGCCUUCUCGGACUGUGUCACGGUCCAGGUGGGAAAGUUCUCGUUCCCCCUGGAAUCCGUGAAGAAGCUGAAAGGCCUCCUGGACAGUCCUGUGGCCAAGAACCCUCAGCUGCGCAGUGCCAGCUUCACCCCUCCGUGUGACAACCCGGACCUGCCCACGGAGUUCCAGAGCCUGUGUGCGGCUCCUAACGCAGACAUGAUCUUCCAGGAUCUAAAACCCAUCGCUAGGUCUCCUGAGCUCUGUGAGAUUUGUGCUUUUGCUGCCUGUGCUGGCUGCUAGAGUCUUCCUCAGCCUCCAGCCCCAGGAGGCGUUACAGCAGCAUGCUCCAGCGCUCCCCACAGCCCUUUCACCUCUCCUUUCACUGGCCUGGGAAGACAAGACAGCAACACUGACUCCUGCACCUCUCAGCACUGCUCCCUCCUGCCAGCACUGAACACCAGCAGCCAAACCACCCAUUCCGCAUACAAAUAAAAUGAAUAAAUUGGC